GAGACUUCCGUUCAAAAUGUCGGUUGCAAUUGUAUCGAACCUUGGAAAGAUACCUUCGAAAGUGAAUCCUGACCUCCAGAUUGAACGUGACAGAUCGCAAUUAACUCCAUAUAUUUCUGAAAUAACACAUUUUAUUGAUGGUGGCCGCCAGUUGACUGAAAAGAGGAGGGAAAUAGAGAAAAUACUAUUUAAGGAGUCCCUGUUUAGAGAGUAUUCCAAUGACAGAGUGUACAGAUCAAGACAAGAAGUGUAUGCAAAGGGACUCGAGAGAUCGGUCAGGUUAUUUACUCUCAAGCAGGAACACAACUGGAAUGAUGUGGAAUUUGGAUUAGCAUUAAAAACAAUAAAUGAAGACCACACUUUGGGACUCCAUAACGUGAUGUUUAUUCCUGCCUUAGAGAGACUUGCAACAGAACAACAGAAAGCAAAAUGGCUUCCACUAGCAAGAAAUUACAAGAUUAUUGGCACUUAUGCACAAACAGAGAUGGGUCAUGGAACUUACCUGCAGGGAUUGGAGACCACAGCAACAUUUGAUGCCAGGACUGAGGAGUUUGUCCUUAAUACCCCAAAAGUGACCUCCAUCAAAUGGUGGCCAGGCUCUUUAGGAAAGUCUGUAAAUAUAGCUAUAAUUCUGGCCACACUGAUCAUCGAUGGAAAAAAGUAUGGUAUGCAUCCAUUCCUGACCCCACUACGGAGCAUGGAGGAUCACCAGCCACUUCCAGGUAUUAAGGUUGGAGAUAUUGGACCCAAACUUUCCAUUAAUUCUGUUGACAAUGGAUUUCUAAUCUUAAAUAAUGUCAGGAUUCCAAGGGAGAAUAUGUUAAUGAAGAAUGCCCAGGUCAGUAGGGAAGGUCAUUUUACGUCCAGAGGCCCAAACAAGGGGAAUUAUGCUGCCAUGAUGUUGGUCCGAGUUAAUAUAGUAAACUGGUGCUUUACCUCCCUUAGUAACACCAGUACAAUAACUAUACGAUACUCCUCCAUUAGACGACAGUCCAAGCUUGAUCCAAGUCAGGAGGAGACCAAGAUCCUUGACUACCAGACACAGCAGUAUAAGGUCUUCCCAGCUCUUGCUACAACCUACGCCAUGUUCUUUGUCUCCAAGACUCUCCGUAACCGCUAUUUGAGAAUCCAUGCUGAAAUGAUGAAAGGCAAUUAUCAAAACUUAGCAGAGAUCCACUGUCAGUCGGCGGGGAUGAAGGCCCUGGCGUCGGAAAUGACGGUGGAGGUGAUGGAGGUCAGCAGACAGGCCUGUGGGGGACACGGUUACCUGGCGGCCGCUACCCUGGGGGACGCUGUGGCAGCCUCCAAGUCCCUCAUCACGGUAGAAGGAGAGAACACUGUACUCUAUCUACAGGUGGCCAGAUACCUGAUGAAGAGGUUUGCUGCUGCUGUCAGUGGGGAUACACUGUCAGGGUCAACUGACUACCUUACAAUGGACCCCAGUAAAUACAUGUGUCCCCUCAAAUCCUCCAGGGACUGUAGAAAUGUGGAACUACUGUGUGAUGUGUACAGAUUCAGAGCAUUCUUAAUGAUAGCCAAGACUGCAAGAAAACUACAAAGUGAUAUAGAGGCAGGGAAAAAACAGGCUGUAGCUAUGAAUGACAAUUUAGUACAACUGGUCCGUGCAGCAAAGGCCCACAUCAUGUACUGUAUGGUUAAAGACUACAAAGAGAGUAUGAGUCAGCUGCAGACAAGCUUGUCUGUUUCCAAUGCUCUUCACAAUCUAAACAUCUUCUUCACUGUAUUCAACAUGGUUAAAAAUGCAGGAGAUUUCUUAGAAACAGAGUCAAUUGGUCUAUCACAGAUGGAAUGGCUGAAAGAAGUAGAGCUUCAAAUGUUAGCUAAAAUCAGACCAGAUGCUGUGUCACUAGUUGAUGCCUUUGACAUCCAUGAUGACACCCUUGGGUCAGUACUUGGGUGCUAUGAUGGAAACGUCUAUGAGAGAAUGCUGAAAUCAACGGAAAAUGAACCUCUCAACCAAUCUGAUGUUCACUAUUCCUAUCACCAACACCUGAAACCCUUCUUACAGAGGAACAAUCACUCAAAACUGUAAAGGACAAUCACUCAAAACUGUAGAGGACACUUACUGGUGCAUAUACUACUGGACAGAGGAACAAUCACUCAAAACUAAAAAGGACAUAUACAGAGGAACAAUCACUCG